AUGUCAGAUUCUGACACGGAGGAAUCAAAACCAGCCCAAACAGAAUCCAUGGCAGAUCUGGCAGCACAAUUUGCCGAAUUUCUGAAGUUCAUGGAGAGCAAAUCUGGAAACAAAUCAGAAAACUCCAAAGCAGACAACACUUCCCCAAAGAAGCAGUCAACCCAAAUAGAAUAUUUGGGGAAAGUCAAGGUGGAAACCAAACUCAAUGGGGAUAAUUAUCCUCUUUGGGUCAAUCUUAUGGAGAGAGCCAUUGGAGGAGGAGGACUGAUUUCUCACAUUUAUGGAGUUUCAGAUCCUCCUUCAUCCGAUGAUCCCGGCUACUCGAAAUGGCAGCAACGGGAUCAUUGUUGCUUUAAUUGGAUCAUCAACAAUCUUGAGACAAGUCUUGUGAAUGAAGUAUCACAAUACAAGACCGCCAAAGACCUGUGGGAAGGUCUGGCAAUCACGUACGGAAGUGGAGCGGAUCCUUUCCAAGUGCACGAUCUGCAUAGGCAAGCAAUAUCAAUGAAGCAAGGGCAUUUAACCUUGGAAGCUCUCUGGAACAGAUUCCAAGAUCUAUGGAUAAAAAUUGAUGCCAGAGAUCCUAAUCCCAUGGAAAGCCCGAAAAGCAUCGACAAAUACAACAAACACACCUAA